AUGAAAAUAGAUGUUAUCGAACCACUUGUUCAAGAGGUACUGAAAGCUGAGGUACUUGAUGAUAUUCUGGAUCCUAUCUCUGAGCAUGAAUUAGUUGAAGUUGAUAAUUCACCAUCUCAAAAGGAUAUGAUUCACACGCCUAAAGUAGAGGAGAAAGCCCCCAAGCUUGAGCUCAAACCUUUACCUCCUUCUCUGAAAUAUGUAUUCUUAGAAGGCAUUGUUCUUGGACACCGGAUUUCAAGUAAGGGGAUUGAGGUUGACAGAGCAAAGGUGGAGGUGAUUGAAAAAUUAGCACCACCAGCUAAUGUUAAGGCAGUCAGGAGCUUCUUGGGUCAUGCAGGGUUUUAUAGGAGAUUUAUAAAGGACUUUUCUAAAAUUGCUAAACCAUUGAGCAACCUGUUGGUUGUUGAUGUUCUUUUUGUCUUUAAUUCUGAUUGCCUGCAUGCUUUUGAAACUCUGAAAGCAAACCUCACCUCUGCUCCCAUUAUGGCUCCCCCUGACUGGGAUUUACCAUUUGAGUUGAUGUGUGAUGCUAGUGAUUUUGCUAUAGGAGCUGCUCCAUGGUUUGCAGACAUAGCAAACUACAAAGCCAUGAAUUUUAUUCCAAAGGAGUACAGUAGGAAACAAGUAAAGAAGCUAUUGACUGAUGCAAAGUACUACAUUUGGGAGGAACCAUACCUUUUUAAAAAGUGUUCAGAUGGUAUAAUCUGGAGAUGUGUCCCGGAUGAGGAGAGACAACAGAUUCUUUGGCACUGUCAUGGUUCUGAUUAUGGAGGCCACUUUGGUGUGGCAGUUGAUUAUGUGUCCAAGUGGGUGGAAGCUGUGGCUCUACCCACCAAUGAUGCCAAAGUGGUGAUGAGCUUUCUUCAGAGAUAUGUCUUUAGCCGGUUUGGUGUCCCAAGGACACUCAUUAGUGAUGGUAGAAGCCACUUCUGUAAUAGACAGCUGGACUCACUUCUGCAGAGAUAUGGAGUCCGUCAUAAAGUGGCAACCCCCUAUCACCCUCAGACAAGUGGGCAGGUUGAAGUCUCCAACAGGGAACUCAAGCGGAUUCAGGAAAAGACCUUGGUCUAUGGCAAAGCCUGUCACUUGCCAGUUGAGCUAGAGCAUAAAGUUUACUGGGCAAUCAGGUAUUUGAAUCUUGAUUCAAAAGCUGCAGGAAUUAAGCGAAUGCUUCAGUUGAAUGAACUUGAUGAAUUCAGAUAUUCAGCCUAUGAGAAUGCCAAGCUCUAUAAAGAGAAAACCAAGUUAUUGCAUGACAAGAAGAUUGCCAUCAGAGAAGAGAAUUCUAACAGAAAAUUUACCGUGAAUGGUCAAAGGUUGAAACACUAUCUUGGAGGCGAGAUUGAUCGCCAGAGGUCUGCUCAUCUGCUGAAUUAG